UUAAAAAGUAAAUAGAAAUAUUAAAUGUACGAAUAAAUAUAGUUUUUAAAGUGUAAUUUUUAUUUAUUUUUUUUAACGAUGUUAAAUUGUAAUUUUUGCAGUAAUUUUUAAUCCUAAAAGUCUUCGUUAAAAUUACGAUGUUAAAUAGUAAAAAAUAUAACCCACAUAAUAAAUUUUGAAAUAAAACAUUUAAAAAUUGACGUUAAUAAAAGUCUAGUCCGAGAUUACGAUGUUAACAUCGUAAAUUUUGGUAGAAUUUUUUUUCCGUGUACAACUUAAUAAGGAUAUAUUAUAUCGAAUUGUUAAAAACUAAGCAUGAAAUCCUCGACGGUGUUGAUUAAAAUACUUUUAAAAAUUUUAUUGCAUUCAUUUUCUUUAUAUGCCUAUUUGGAUAUUUCGCAGAACUGAGUCAUAAAAACUAACACACAUUAAAUUUUAUGGAUUUUGAUGAAUAAUUACUUUUGCGACAUAACAAAAGUAUCAAAAUACACUGCGAUAACUUGUGACUAAUUUCCUGGAAAUCCAACUAAAAAACCCAUCUGUUAAUUACUGGUUCUGGUUUAGUUUUAUCUAGGAGCCGGCUCUAUAUAUAUACCGGAAAACCGAUUGUUAUUCAUUCGCAACUGAACGUAGCAUCAGUCUGGACGUGUCCUUUGUCAUUUACUUGACCUAAUGGCUCAAUACAGUCAAAAAAAAUUUUCUGUGGUUCGAUUCACGGAACCAUGUUACACCGAGGCCGGAAAUUUAUAUUUAUGUGUCCCGGAAUCUUGGAUAAGAAAUCGUUUUAACGAGAAUGUUGUUGUUGCGUAUCCACCCUUGGAAGAAGUUUCGCUGACAACGAAUCGUAUUCUCAACAAUGAGACCCCAUCAAAUAAUUGGGUAGACGCUGCAGGAGUAGUGGAGUAUCAAACUGAAGAUUUCUACGACGCGCUCUUAUUCAUAAGUGAAAAAUUUGGAUUACUAGGCAAAGAAACACCGGUAAAUAGUAAUCCAGAUCUUGCGUCACGGAAUAAAAAUACUGGAGCAAAAAUCUCGACGAAUAACCCGGGAUCUGCUGGUACAGCUGCUAAAUUGAAUUUGGUCACAUUUUUACAAGUAAUACGUCCAAUGAUACUCAAUACACUAAGCUACAUUGAUUUGUACAUUCAAAACAAUCAACAGCAAUCUUUGUUCAAUCUCCAAGAAAAAGAAAUUGAUGCCACUGAUAGAAACUACUUACGCAAGAUUAUUUCGAUGUGCAAUGAAUAUAAUAAUAUCUAUCAAAGAACCAUGCAAAAUUAUUUAAAUUUACAUUUUUCACAAAUGAAAUCACCACAAUCGACGCCUAGUGAAUUACAAUCAUCAGAAUUGAAGAUUUAUCGAGAGCUCCUGAAUUCACUUGCAAUGACAAUGAUGGUUAUGAACGGUUGUUUUAAGUAAUGUAUUGUUUCUUGUGUUAAAUGUUCUAUUGUUAAGAUCCUAGACUUAAGAAAAGCUUGAUUUGUUUAAUUAAUUCGCUUUAUAGAGUGAUACAAUAAAGUUUAUCAAUAAGUUUUUGAGUUAUUUUUACUUAUACCCAAUUGAUACAUUCAACCUUAGUUAUAAUAAUAUGGGUAGAGUCAUGUGAGGAAAGUGUGCGCAGUGGGUAAGUGUGCGCAAACUCAUGCAUUUCAAUCCGAAAUGAAUCGGUUUGCACACAAUUACCCACAGUGCACACUUGCCCCACAUUACUUUGAUAAGAUAAAAACCGAUAGAUUAAAAAAAAUUUGGAAAAUCCAAAAGUGCACGCCUCGAAAGCUCAUGUUAUGUUUUUUUUUAAAAGUUAAAUUUCGAAUAAAAUUGAACAUCCCGCUCUUUUCCCAUAGAAAUUUCCAUGGUAAAUAUACGGUAAUAAAAGUAAAAAAAAAAUAAAUAAGGAGAACAUUCCUAAUGAAAAAUGGCGGCAGUGUGUGUUUGUUUACAUGUAAGAUUGCCGGUUUUAACCGUAAUGAUUUAUUUUUAAAAAAAACGAGAAGGCCUACAGUAGUGAUUUUCGAAAGGAACCUUCUUUGCUUAUUUCUGAAAAUUUUGAAAAAAAAAUUAAGUAGUUUCGUCAAGUCGUUCUCGAGAUAUCCGUACCACGCCGUUUUUUUGAACCACAGACUAAUGGACGUCCACGAUAAAUUUUUUUUAAUGAACUUUUUUUUAUAUUAAUACAUAUUAGACAAAUUAAAAAAAGU